AUGCGCCGCCGUCUGUGGCUGGGCCUGAUGUGGUUGCUGCUGGCCCGACCGCCUAGCUGCUACGCGGGGACCCCAAGCGGGCCUAGGAGACCUCGCAGCUACCCACAUCUGGAGGGCGACGUCCGCUGGCGGCGGCUCUUCUCUUCCACGCAUUUCUUCCUGCGCGUGGACUCCAGGGGCCAUGUGCAGGGCACCCGCUGGCGUCACAGCCAGGACAGUGUUAUUGAAAUCCGUUCCAUCCGUGUGGGUGUCGUGGCGCUUAAGGCAGUUCACACGGGUUUCUAUGUGGCUAUGAAUCGCCGAGGCCGCCUCUAUGGGUCGACCGUCUACACCGCGCACUGCAGGUUCCGGGAGCGCAUUGAGGAGAACGGCUUCAACACGUAUGCCUCACUCCACUGGCGUCACCACGGCAGGCCCAUGUUCCUGGCGCUGGACGGACGCGGUGUGCCACGGCGUGGAGGCCAGACUAAUCGGCAUCAUCUGUCCACCCACUUCUUGCCUGUCCUGGUCUCCUGA